AUGUCGCUGCUCGAGGACCCCCAGAUCGAGUGGCGGCAGAUCGUCGUUGAAGCCAUCCAAGAUGUGGCAGUUGUGGGCGACGUCCAGGCAGUUGAGCUCGCAGCCCUUCGCCUCGAGAGCAGCCGAGAGGAGGUUCGUGCUGCGGCUCAAGAUGCUUUGGUGGCUUUGUGGAAAGAUGAGGACGAGAAGCUCAUGGAGGCAAUCCUUCAGCGCCUGGAGAGCGAGGUGGACUAUGUGCGAGUGGCAGCUGGGCAGGCUUUCGUCCGUGUCGUGAAAUCAGACGACCUGGUCGCUGCCCGUGUGCUUGCAUCGAGACUGGAGCACAGCGACGCUGCUGUCAGAAGCCUGGCCUCUGUCGCGCUGCUCCACUUUGAGGCGACGGUGUGCAGGAAGGUGAUGCUGGCCACACUGCACAGCCCGCACGCGUACGCGCGGUGCACAGCCCUCAGCUCCCUAUCCACGAUCGGGCAGGGUGACAUGGCUUGUAUCCGCGCCGCGUGCCGCGCACUGCAGGACCAGGAUACCACUGUUCGCGCCCUGGCCAUCCCUGUGAUCCGCACCCUCAUCGCAGGCCAAGAUCCGAAGUGCUGCGUGGGGGCGGCCAAGGUGGCGGCCCAGGCGCUGGAGCAUCAAGAUCCCGAUGUGCAGCAUGCGGGCUCGUUGGCGCUGGUGGGCAUCUCGAAAGUGCAGAACCCUCCGCCUGAGAAGAAGCAGAACAUGAGCUCUAAGAUGACCCUGGCACUUCAGAUGGACAUGCUCCGCUCCUCGCAGCUGGCCACGCUGCAGCCGCGCAGGCAGUACAAUGAUAUGUUGGAUGACGAGAAUGAGGAGACCUUUCCAAAGGUCAGCAAUGAGGAGCUGUCCGUGGUCAUUGCAAUGCUGGAUCGGGCCGAGCUUCGCGCAAACGGCGAGGCGCAGGAUGAUGAUUCGAAAGACCGCAUCGCUGCCUCCGUGGUCCUGGACACGCUCAAUGCCAUGGCGGAUCGCAGCAGGGCCGCCAACAACAACAUGCCGUCGGCUUCACAGGAGCAGAUCGAGCCGGAGGAGGAGGAAGAGUGGGAGGACUCUUCAGGCAGCGAUGACUCGGAUGGCUCUUUCAGCUCCUCCAACGACGCGAAGUCCGAACGCACAGCUCCUAAAAAGCGUCUGCAGGAUGCUGUGAAGAAGGCCUUCAUCGGCAAGCUGGCGGCCAAGAACACGAAGACGCUGAAAGCCAUGGGCGGGGAAGGAGGUGGCCCGUCAAUCGCGGAAAAGAUGCGCAAGGUUCACCAAAAGGAGGGGCAGAUGCAGUCCUGGAGGCGGGUGGAGGCACUUCUCAACUCCGGAGACCUGCAGAAGCGCCAAGCUGGCCUCAAGGAGGUCGCUGGGGCUGCCGGCAUCGCGCCCGGCGGGUCCACCAAAGAGGGCCCCGCCUACGUCGCACAGCGCAAGGCUCAAGCCAAGCGCAUGCUGCGGACCAUGGCCACCUCAGACCCCUGUUGGCAGGUACGCGAGGCUACCCUGAAUCUCUUGGUUGAGCUGGCUUCAGAGGCCAAUGUUGACUUCCUUCCUGCGGCGCUGGAAGCAACAGGCGACGCAAUGUGGCAGGUUCGAUGUGCAGCGCUUCGGGCGAGUUGCGCCCUGUGUGUCGCCGGCGAAGCGGCUGUAGAGCAGAAGGACCUGACGGACGCGAUGGAGGCCAUCCAGGGCCUGGUCACAGACUGGAAUAGCUUCGUGUCCUUGGAAGCACUUGGCACUUUGGAUCGGCUGUCCGACUUGGGCUCUCAGACCCCGGGCGGCCUUGAGGAGGCCUUUGCUCGUGCCCUUCACCACCGAGACAAGGAGGUGCGGGACAAAGCCGGAGCGACUUUAUACCGCAGCGCGAAUACCUCCGGACACGAGGAGGCAGCUGCACAGGCCAUCGCCGAACUCCUGGCAUACCUUGACCCGGACGUGAAGGAUGAGGCUUGCCUGCUGCUGAAGCGCGUGGGGCCCACGAGCAUCUCUGUGGGGGCGGUCUGCUGCCGGAUAUCGCACGGCUAUGACGAGCCCACGCGGUGUGCAGCCCUAGGGACCCUGGCUGAGUUUGCAAAGGCUGGCGAGGAGCACCCGCCUGGGACGGCCACAGAGGGUGACGAGCGCGAGAAGGAGAAGGAGAGCACGUCGGAAAUCAGGAAGGUGCAAGAACGGAACCAAUGGGCCAUGAAGGCUGCCCAGGCUACGGCCCGACUUGGGUUGCAGGAUCCAGCAGCCGUGGUGCGCCAGGAAGCCAUCCGCAUUAUGGGAGAGUUUGGCCCCGAAGCUUGGCAACAAGCCCUGCAGACUGUGCAGGGCAUGUUGGAGAACCGAUCCUCCAUGCAGCCGGCGUGCCGGUGCUCGGCGCUGGAAGCCGUGGCGUGCCUCUUCGCGGCUUCGGAUGCCAUCCAGAGCCCACAGGGCGGCCCUGCCGAAACACUCGGCAAAGACGACUUGUCUGCCAUCCUAGAGCUCAUCGCUUCCUGCUUCGAAGAUCCCGAUGCCGACGUCCGGAAUGUGGCGACCUCCGUGCUCUGCGGGCUGACCAACGACGGCAGGGGAGGCGGGCGGAAUCGCAGCGUGCAGGCCAUCACGGUGGCCGCGCAACGUCUGGGACAUGCUGAGAGUGGUGCGCGGCGGGCGGCGCAGGCGGCCCUGGAGAAGCUGGGCGGGCUGAGUGCAAACCGCCAGCCGGGUGCGGAGGCAAGCGGCAACUACUACGAGGCCUCCCGCGCGGCGGCCGAAGCGCUGGGCAGCGAUGACCCGGAGAAGCGGAAGGGAGCGCAAAGGCACCUCUGCGGGCUCCGUAGCAGCAAGACUGCCUUUGGGUGUUUGAAGGAUCAAGCAGGAGUGUGCCCCACCUUCAAAGAAUGCCUAUAG